GAAAAAUGACAGUUGUACGAGGUGGUUCGUUAAUGUACGAAUUUUAUUCAGUGUUUUAUUUUUUGCGAAUUUGCGGUAAUCGGUUCAAUAAUUAAUGAAAAAAAAAAACGGAGUAAGAAAAAUUCUAAAUAACAAAAUAUUAAAUAAAAUGUGAAAUAUAAAGCGGAAAUAUUGAAUAAAUUAUCCAAAAAGUUUUCAAAUAAAAUAAUCAAGUGUUUUGCCACAAAAUUUUUUAAAAUAUAUACAGUUUUAUAAUAAAAUAACUGUAAAUUAUAAAUAUAUGUAUAAUUUUUGGUGUGUGCAAAAAAAGAAGGAAUAAAAAAAUAAAUUAAAAAGUGUAUAUAAAAUUAUUAAUAGAAUACUCGAGAGUAUUUCAAGAAUAAUUAUAAAGAAUUCUUAUUAGAAUUUUUUGUGAAGGAAACAAAAGUUGAAAGAAUUGUUUUGUGCAAAAUAAAAAAUAGAAGCAAUAAAAAAAGUUUUUUUUUAUGUAUGAGAGCCAGACAUUGAAAUCCUGUUUUUGUGUACAACACCAACAACAAUAAUAGCGACAACUGCGACACAACAAAACAAAAACAUACAAACAAAAAUAAAGUAUGUAUUUUCCUUUCAUCCUGUAAAAAGUGUAUGUGCAAGUUUAGAUGUGUAUAUACUACUGUGCACAGUGUUUUUUUAGUUAGAGAAAAGUGCAGUGAAUGUUUGAUGAGAGUUUGAAAGUGUUUUACUUAGUGUAGACAACAAUAAUAAAUUUUUGGAGUACAUUUAAAACAAAACAGUAAUAAAAAUUAUUAAAUCUUUAAGAAUUGCGUAUUUAGAAAAAAAGAAAUUGUGUAAAAAGCAACAAUACUUUUCUAUAACAUUUGUUUUUAACAUUCGCUCUCAUACUGUCUACUCCUUGUUUAUCAGGGUUGUUUUUGUUGUUACCAAACAAAAUAAAAACAAAAAAACUCAACAUUGACAACAUCAAUAAGAAUAUUAGCAACAACAACAGCAACUAACAAAUAAGCAUUUAUUAUUAUCUGCUCAGCUAAAAAAAAACAAAAACAAUCAACUGAACAAAAGUUUUGUUGUUGUUGUUGGAAGACGAAGCCUCCCCUUUCUUGAAUAUUGUGUGUUGUUAGUUGUCCAUGUCAAAAAACACAUAAACACACGCAACACACAUCAGACAGGAUUCCACAUUCAAUGGUCUUUUAUGUUGUUAAAAUUUGCCGCCUGGAAUUUUGAAAUGCGCGUAUUUGACUACUCUCCUUGCAACAAGGGAGGAAACGCUUAAUUACUACAACGCUAACACAACGUUCCUUGUAGUGUACGUAAACGUCGACACCGCCGUCUACUCUGCUGCUUCUGUCGUCAUCAUUAUAAUCAUCACAAUCAGUCGCUAUUGUUGUCCUGGUUCUCAGUUGAAAUUUUCGUUUUUUCUUCAUCAUUAUUAUGGAUUCUUCGUUUGUGGAUUAUUAAAUACGAAAAAUACACUUUAUUUUUUGUCCUUCUAUAUAAGAAGUAUUUGACAGCAACUGUCAAAAAGUGCAUAUCGAAAAACAACCAACCAAAUAUUGCAAUUAAAUCCCUCUAUUCUUAAAAUAAUCGACUUUGAAAAACCCCCCCAAAAGAAAAAAACUUAAUUACAAAAAUGUCUCGUCAAUUUAUAUAUAGAUUUUACUACAAUCAAACGACUUAAGAAGUCUGUACACUUCUUAGAAUAAUUUAAGAAAAAAAAAACAAAAAAAAUCGCCUCAAGAAAUUUAACAGCCAAGUGUUUCAUUUGGUCAAUUUGUAAAACUAAAAUUUUACAUAUUGUUUUUAUUUAAAAUUUUUCGUUUUUUACACAAUAAGAAAAAAAAGAAACCUAAACUCUUUACAAUAAAUCUUUGAAAAUCAUAGACUGUUAUAUUUGAAAAAAAAAAAAUUUAAUGUCAAUUAAUACUUACUAAACUAAUAAUAAUCAACAAAACGAUUUACAACAGAAAACAACAGAAAAAUCGAAAAAAAAAAAAUAAAUUAAAAUGGAGAUGAGUAUGGAACGUGAUAGCUCCGCUUUGGGGAGUCUAUUCCAGCAGAUAAUCAAUGAUAUGAAGAACACCUCACCAUUAUGGGAGGAUUUCGUUGCUAAGGCCAGUAAAUUACAUGCUUGUUUACGUGCGGCCAUACAAGCUAUAGCAGCAUAUUUGGAUGCUUUCCAAAAAAUCGCAGACGCAGCAACAAAUUCAAGAGGAGCUUCAAAAGAGAUUGGUACUGCUUUAACCAGAGUUUGUUUAAGACACAAGGCGGUUGAAACACGCCUUAAAACAUUUACAGCUGCUAUAAUGGACUGUCUGGUACAACCAUUACAAGAUAAAUUAGAAGACUGGAAACGUUCUGUAGCAACUAUAGAUAAGGAACAUGCCAAAGAAUAUAAACGUUGUCGCACUGAAUUGAAAAAACGUUCUACGGAUACGUUACGUUUACAGAAAAAAGCCCGUAAAGGACAAUCUGAUACAUUGCAGUCGCUAAUGGACUCGCACAUGCAGGAUGUAACAUUGCGACGUGCUGAAUUGGAGGAAGUGGAAAAGAAAUCCUUAAGAUCUGCCAUGAUUGAGGAACGUAUGCGCUAUUGCAGUUUUGUACAUAUGCUGCAGCCAGUAGUUAAGGAAGAAUGUGAGGUUAUGUCGGAAUUGGGUCAUUUACAAGAGGCAAUGCAAUCUAUUGCUUUGGUUACUAAGGAACCUCAAGUUUUGCCAGCUGCCAGUGAGGAAUUGAUACAUGAUGCUAAAGCUUCUAUAACUUUAUAUCCUGAAUCACCAAGUGCCAGUGCUGGCGGAGGCGGCUCACUAUCCCAGGGUGGUUGUUCAAAUUCCUUGGGUUCUCGCAAGUCAUCAGUGUGUUCGAUUAGUUCCAUGAAUAGUAGUGGUUCUAGCAAUUCACCCGGACAUCCUCAUUAUCCUAGAUCUUUGUCACAGUUAAUUUCGCCUUCUAUACGCUUAAAACCAGGCGAAUCCAGUGAUAGUGGCUUUUGCUCAUCACCAGCUUUAACAACACAGGCUUCUUCUAUCAAUAAUCCUUCACACGCUGUCACCACUUGGCCAACACAUUCCCAAGACACCGUUGAUUUACCAUCUAACGCCUCUGAGCGUCCACACACUAUCUCUUCAGCCUAUGAAAAAGGCCAUCAAAGGCCUCCUUUAACUGUUUACACCUUUCAAAAUCCCGAAACUAUACACGAAGCUGGUGGCGGUGUUAAUGCUGCUGCUAUAAAUAAUGGCAGUGGUGGUGGUGGCAGUUCUUCGGGUCAAAAUACUCCAUCGACCCAAAAGUCACCCGCAGGUGCUUUAACUAGACCACCUUUACCAGUGCGUUGUUCAUCAUUAGAACGCCCUCUGUCGGCCAAUAACAGUCGCGGUAAUGGCACAAAUUUAAUGCAACGUCAAUGUCCAUCGCCAAUACCAGCUCAUGUCACUAAAGAGCUAUCAGCACAUCUUGCUCAGCAACAGCAUCAACAACAGCUAUUGCUACAGCAGCAACAGCAGCCAAAUCAUCAGCAAACUUCCCCGCCCACAUAUGUAAAUAUGUCUGAAUUGGCCAAUAUGGCGGCUAUGAAAAUUACUAAUCAACAACAACAACAACUACAGCAGCAACAACAACAGUCACCAACAAUACAUCAGCAGCAACAAAUGUUGCAGCAACAACACUCUAUAGAUUCCAUAUCAUCCAUACACUCUAAUGAUUCUAGUGCCUCAAUGCACCUAAAUCAAUCCCAACAGCUACAACACGUUCAAACAACACCACCAUCACAUCAUCAGCAACAAUCAACACGCUCUCAUUCCUCCAACUCCAAUACACCAUCGCUACACUCACAUCCAUCCAUUGAAUCGACCGUGGCCACACCACCAAUUGGUCAGACUCCCUCUGCCUCCAGUGGCAGUUCGACCCCCCAGAAUCAUUAUUCACCUCUGCUAACCAAUUCACCAUCCUCAACCGCUGCCGGCACACCCAGCGGCGCUAGUAUAACUAGCAGUGGCCUGACAACAAGUGGAGCUGCUGGUGGCACUAAUUCGGGUAAUAAUUUCAUGUACAAUGUCUGUUCACCUACACCUCCCCAAAGCGCCAAUUCCUCACAAGCUAGUGAUAUUUUAAAAAUAACCGAAUCGGAUGGUAAUAACGGUAUAGUAGUAGCGCCAUCACCCUUAACCUCUCAGACUAAUGAUUCGAAUGCUUAUUCAUCAAACUCUGCUAAUAACCAAGAAAUUUCUAAUUCAAAUACCGAUGCAGAUUCUUCCGGUAAUGUCGUCGAGAAUGAUGAACGUUCGCGGGCUUCGGUUUUACAAAAAGCCUCCAUGUUCGAAAAACAAGCUGCUGCCGUCAAAAGCACCCCAACCCCACCGGCUAUUGCUUCUUGCAGCAUGUCACGCAAUAGUGUAGCAGUGGCAGCAAACAUUGACAACAGCACUAAUGCAGGCAUUUAUGGUACACGCACUAGUAAUCAAUCUCAACACCAGCAGCAACAAUCACAGUCUAUAGAUCCUCAGGAAGUCGACAAAUGUUUCGAAGAUUCUUUACAAGAAUUAAAUAAUUUAAUUGGCGAAUUAGAUUCUUUUCAACGCGAAAUUGAUGCCUCCAAACAGGAUAAGGAACAUCACAAAAAUGUUAAAAAUCUAUAUGAUGGUAUUGAUUCCUACAUAUCCAAUGAAACCAUGACAAUAAUAACGGAUGAUACCAGCACCACAAUUAUUUGUGAGACCACCCAACAGCAGCAUUUGCAGCAGUCACAGCAGGAAAAGGAUUUUUGCACCGCUAGCAAUCAAACCAAUAGCAGCGGCUGCGGGACAGAUAUUUCCGAUACCACUUCGGAAGAUUGUAAUGCUGAUACCCGGUCCCUAACUAGUCAAACUGGUGUGGGUGGAUGCGGCGGUGGUAAUGAACUAAUUGGUGGCCUUUUAAAAACCAAUUUAAAAGCUUUAUCUGGUGGAGCAUUUAACAGUGACUCUGAAUUGAGUCGUUGCUACAUAAGUGAAACUAGUUCCAUAAUGGGUGGCUGUGCUGGUGAUGGCUAUGAAAAUCCCACAUUCGCACACUUUGCCGCCUCAUCAUCUGCCUCACAGUGUUACGAUGACAAUAGAUCCGAUAGCUUAUCUCUGCAACGGCAAGCCAUGUACGGUGACAAUAUGAGCGAUAAUGGCAGUAAUGUGGUGGUAAUAUACGAUCAUCAGCCACCCAUAACGCCAGACAUAGAUUAUUGUAAACAAAAUUCCGAAAUUGUCAUGUUACGUACGAAACCUGCACAACACUCUCAAUAUUCUCAGGAAAUGAGAGAGUUACAGCAAUUACCCGACAAUCUUACUGAAACCUCCUCACCAACAUCACCUAAUGGUACGACAGAUCAUUCCAUGCACCAACACACUGCUACAGUGGCACCUGCAAAACAGAGACUCUCAUCAUUCCGAGCUUCUAGUGAGCAAUUACAAUUGUUGAAUAGUUCUCCUACGGCAGCAGCAACAACAAAAGCAGCAACAAUAGCGACAGCAACAUCUUCGUCAACGACGACACCUUCAGUUAAUAGUUGUAGUAGUAGUAGUGAGACCGUAAUACGUAAAAAGUUACCACCGAAACCGCCCAGUCUUACGGUGUUUCAGGGAAUUACAGCACAUCAAAUGGAAGUCAACAAUAACAGCAAUUUAAACAAUAAUAAGAGUUCGAAAUUAGUACAAACUCCGCCAAAAUUAGAUUUUAAAAGUGAUUUAGAGGCUAAACUGUUAAAACAAAAGGAAAAACUUAAAAAGCAACAGGAAUUAGAAAAACAACAGCAACAACAACAAAAACAAUUAUCUCCUACUAGCCAACAACAAAAACUACAACAACCACAACAUCACAAUAUAAACAACAGUAUUAAUUUUCAUGCGUACAAGGCUACAUCACCAUCAUCAUCAUCACCACCACUACCUGCCUUCAAUUCAGUCUCGUCUUCAGCCUCAUUAAAUGUUGUUAUGCCACCUUUACCACCUCCAUUACCGUCUACCAACACCAAUAAUAAUCAUAAUGUUGGUUCCAUGUUGUGUAAUACAUCCCCUGCUCCAUUGUUAGCUAAUGUCGCCAAGCCGAGCAUUACGCCAAGACCAGCUUCAUUGUCGGGAUCAACACGUAUUGCAAGACGUUCUUCAGUAAAUACUGCCAAGCCACCACCUCCAGUAAGACGCAGCUCAUCAGUAACACCUAGUCCAAAUACCCCUACAACGCCUACCAACUCAAAUGCUAUAAAUAUGUUGCAUCAGCAGCAAGCUCAUUCUUUAAAUACUUCCACCGAAAAUUUGCCUCCACCACCGGCUUAUUUAUUGGAUGCACGACAAACUACGCCCACUUCUCCACCAUCGGUCAUGCCCAAUUCGUCACAGAAGGUCUCAGAAACCGUAAAAGCUUUAUCGGGACUGCGUCAUCAGCCAGCUUCUCCUCAUACAUUAAGACGUCUCCAACAACAACAACAACAGCAGCAGCAACAACAUCAACCACAAUCCAUGUUACAGCCACCAAAACAAUACCAACACCAAUAUACAAAAUCCUCACCUGUUUUGUUAUCACCACCUACAACUAAACGUACAAUGCCUACACCUCUAUCGCCGCAAUCCCCUUUGCAAACUGAUCUUGAUGAAAUUCCCCCUCCAUUGCCACCACCAAAUCCCAAUCAAACUCCUCACCACCAUCAUCAACAUCAAUUAUCCCUACCGUUACGUUAUCAGCAACAGUUGCCCACACCAACAAUGACUGCUCAUAGUAACAAUAAUCAUAUGCCGCCGCAGCAGCAGUUACAGCAUCACCAACAGCAGCAGCUGCAACAUCAAUAUCAAGACCAUCAACAGCUAGACUAUAAUAAUGGUGAAGCCAUUUAUGGCACAAAUUCGCCAACUUCAUUUCGCACUUCAUCGCCCGGCGGUGGCAUAUAUGCACAACCGAAAAUUUUGAAUAAUAUGUCAAGUUUUCGCACCAACAGUCCCGGGCCAAAUGGCCAUCAAACACCAACACAAUCACAUGUGCCAGCUCAACCAAAAACCAAUCCCAAUUUAAUAGCUCAAUUAAAUGCACGCUUAAAUAGUAAACAACCAAGUUCGAACGAAGCAAUCUAUGGCGUAUCAUCGAUAAACCAUCAGCAACAGAGGGAAGAAAUCUAUAUGCGUAACUAUCAACAGUUGACGCCACAUGCAUCACAGCCACCACCACCACAACAGCAACAACAGCAGCAGCAAACCUACGACGCUGCUGAAACAAAUGCCAAUGCCACUUUCAAUACAAAUCAAAAUCAAUACUCUUCUUCUCAAUAUUAUGCGCCUAAACAUUUAACAGCUGCUCAUCAACAACAACCAACACAACAACAUGUGCAAAAAGUGGCUAAUGCUACAAAUAAUCAGCCAUCGCGUCAGUUACAUCAAUCAAUGCCUAUGUCUCAGUCCCCCCUGCCGCCGCCUGAACUGGCAGCUCAACAAUCUCAUUAUCAAACGGGUCAUCAACAUCAACCGCAACAACAACGCGAGCCUAUACAUCACACAGCUCAGCAUUAUACGUGUCCGCCACCGCUUGAAGAUCCACCACCGCCACCCAUAUAUAUCAAUAAUAAUUCAGCUACUAUGCCUAAACGCGGCGCUAGUAGUCAUCACAAUCAUCAUCAUCAGCAGCCAGCAAAUUUGGCUACUUAUGCGGCAGCUUCAUCUGUCUCUACUUUACCUAAAAAUAUGAUUCAACAACAACGUUUACAACAACAGCAGCAGCAACAACUACAGCUGCAACAACAGCAGCAGGCAAUAUAUGGUACUCAUCAAGCCCAACAGCAACAAUAUCACGCUCCGGGCGCCAUAACAAGCGCCCAUCAACAAGCUCAACAAUAUCAAAAUCCUCAGCAUAUUAGUCAACGUCCACCCAUGCCACUGCCACAUCACCAGCAGCAGCAACAACAACAGCAACAACAAUCGUCCUCAACUGGUAAUAGACAUAAAGCUGCCACGGUUAAUAUUAAACAGCCACCAGUACCCUCUCGUCAUUCCAGUGUACAACAGAAAAUAUUCGUAGCUACAAAUCCAUUUAUUCAAACCACUACAAUACACUGCCAUUCGCCAACUGCAUCAUCCGUCCAUUCUCAACCAGCUUCACCUAUUUGCAGUUCACCUACUCCCUCAUCAGUGGCUAGUAUUUAUGGUACCAGCAGUCGUCGUAGUAGUGGCAGUGGUGGCGGUAAUAGCGGCGGUGUCGGCAUGGCUCAGUAUGAUGUUGGCGGCGGUGGUAAUGCUGGCCAAGUAUAUUACAACCAUCAAUUAAAUACUGCCACAAAUACAAACUAUACCAGCACAAAUGUCGACAAAAAUGCUAGCAUACGAACAAAAACAAAAGCUGAAUUUUUAGAAAAUCUAAAUGCAAAAUUGGCUAAACAAAGUUUAUCAGGUCGAGCCUUUGCUGUACGUAAUUUAAUUAAUAGCAAGGCAUUGAUGUAUCAAAAUUUACAAAACCUUAAACGUCCCAGUGCACAAUAUCGCAAUCUUCCUUUGUUUGACACCAAUUCUACUUCUACUACUAUCUGCGAUGAAGCAUUAUAAGCGUAAAGAAUAAAAAAGCCGGAUCCUCGUAUCUGUCAUGAAUCCUUGAUGGAUCAAAUUAAACGUGGGGCUCCACUAAAACGCAACCAAAAGAUUAACGAUCGCAGUGCUCCAAAAAUUUAUUAAACCGCAACAAUAAUUAAAUAAUAAAUUCUAUCUAUUAAACAAACCAACAAACAAAAAAAUAUAUAUCAUUAUUCAAACAUAAUCAUUUUUAUUGUCUAUAAACAAAAAAAAAGUCCUCGAUUUCAAAUGAAAACAAUAUGCACCGCCAUGCGGUUUUUUAGAUUUAAAUAUUUUACAAUAACCGUUUUUCGUGUAUCUUAAACUUAUAUUAAUUAAUAUUUGCUGGGAGUUAACAGAAGUUUAAAACUAUUUUACAAUUAAACUCCAAUCGAUUAAAUAUUUAACAAACAAAUGAAUUAACAUUUUUUACAUAUUUAAAUUACAAAUAUCUUGUAUUAACCCCCGAAUAUUUACAAAAGAAUAAAUAAAAACCAACAUAUUUUAUUUGUCUAUACUAUAAUAUACAUAUAACCAAAAUUAUUAAUAUUUAAACCACAAACGAGAAAUUGUUUAAAUUUAGUUUAAGUUUCUUUAAUAUUUUAUUUAUUUAUGUAUGUUAAACAAAAAAAAAACAAAAACAAAUAUUUACCAAAAUGUUUAUGCGUUAUUUAAUGGGUUUUUUUUUAUCAGUUAUAACAUUUUUCGUUCUUCUCGAAUUUAAUAUAUAUUUUUUCUCUAUUUUAAGUUUUGUUAACAUGUAAGUCAUUUUUUAUUUAAUGUUUUUUUUAUAUAUAUUUGUUCUUUCUUUUGUUAUUAUUUUUAUUUAUUAUUUGCUUUAUUUUUUUAUAGUAUUUAUAUAAAAAAACAAACUUUGUAUAUAAUAAUUUAUUGAAUUAAUUAUUAUUUUUAUCAAUUUCUUAUUUAAACAAAGAACUAUGCUUAAAAAACAAAACUCUUUAUCUACCAUAAACAAUAAAUAUGCUUGAAUUAAUCAAUAAAAAAAUACUAAUUAAAUAUGAAUUAUAAAAGAAAA